AUGUGGCGGCGAAUGGCUUGGGCCCUGGCCCUGCUGUUUGCUUGCCCAGUGCUGGGCGCAGUGGGUGCCGAGACUGGUGCCCCAGUGCCCGCCAUGACGGAGUGGGCCAUGGACAUUGCGCGCAUGAUGGGCAGCUCCCCCGCGGGCGCCGCAAUGAGCCCCAAUGGCAUUAUCAUGACCGCCCGCCCCACCGGCGGCCCCGCCUCCGGCAUCGUCGUCACCGACCCCAAUUCCUUCAACCCCUCCCUUAACUCCUACGUGUGGACCGGACCCCGGGUUGCCAACGGGCAGUUCAUCACGGGCACCGGGAGCGGCACCUGCAAGUACCUGUACCCAGCUGGAUUCAACAAGUUUGAGUUUGUGGAGGCGGGAGCGGGCGCCCCCAGGCUAUUUGACGCCCAGCUCACCGACACCUCCCUCACCGGCCCUGCCUCGGUCAGGGCCAUGCUGGACCAGGCCCAGGCCGCGGGUCUCACCCUGCUCCGCAUGAACGCCUUUGCCGUCGACUCGCAGUACUCGGUGGCUCUGCAGCCCGGCGGCGUGGGCAACGCUGUGCUGUACAACGAGGGGGUGCUCAAGGGCCUGGACUAUGUGCUGUCAGAGGCCCAGAAGCGCGGCAUCAAGGUCCUGCUGGUGCUGACCGAUUACUUUGCGGGGACUGGCGGCCCGGAGCAGUACCUGGCGUUUGCCGGGGUCGAUACGUCGUGCGGCGAGAGCCCCCUGCCCAGCUGCGACGAUGUCAAGUCGCAGUUCUUUGGGAACCCCACCGCUCAGCAGCUUUACCAGCAGUACGCCUCCACCCUGGCCAACCGCGUCAACACCGUCAACGGCCGCACCUACAAGAACGACCCCACCAUCUGGGGCUGGGACCUCAUGAACGAACCGCGCUGCACCGCCCAGAGCAUCUGCACUGAUGAUGGGGUGACGACCAUUCACGCAUGGGUCGCAAUGAUGAGCACCUACGUCAAGGGCAUCGACAGGCAAGUUCCGUGGCACACCACGCACUUGGUGACCGUGGGGCUUGAUGGCUUCUACCUCAACCAGCCGGGCGCCGCAGCCAACCCCUUCACCAACACCUACAACACCGACUGGCUGGACGACACUCAGGCCGCCACCAUCGACUUUGGCUCCUUCAACGUCUACCCCGACCUCUGGAUGGCCUCCAUCUCCAACGAGGCCGCCAACACCGCCUGGAUCGACGCCUGGAUCGACCAGCAUGCCGGCGAUGCCAAGUCACCGCUGGCCAAGCCCAUCAUCAUCAAGGAGCUGGGGGCACAGCCCACCCCCCAGCGCCUGCAGCUGUACACCACGAUGCUGGGCAAGGCGCUCAGCGUCGCGACUGCCGACCGCAACGCAGUGGGCGGCCUCAAGGGCGUGCUGUACUUCCAGGGCUGGGUGGAUGGCACCGACGCUGUGUUCUGGACCCUGGCCCAGGGCGGCCGCUUUGGCAUCCUGCCAGGCAACCCCGAGUUCCAGCAGAUCACGCAGUUUGCCAGCAGCAGCGCCGCGCUGGAGCAGAGUGUGGCAUGCCCGGGAGGCAACUCCGUGCUGGGCCCCGAGUAUCCACCCACGCCCAGCUGCCCCACUGGGUGA